AGAGCCCUCGGGUCUUCCCGACUGCGCUGGCGGCGGCAGCCGGAGCGCCCCCAGUGCGCGUGCGCGGCGCCGAGGGCUGGGUUCCCCCUGCAGCCCGCACUUGGUACGGCCGGGCAGUUGGUGCGGUCUGCAGCUGCGGCCCCGGGGCGCGCUUUUCAAAUCGUCCGCGGCUUGCGACUUGCGCCGGGAUGGAGGGGCAGCUGCUGAGGGUCCUCCCCGCGCAGCAGGACUGCAGCAUCCGGGAGAAAAUAGACCUAGAAAUCCGAAUGCGGGAAGGAAUAUGGAAGCUGCUCUCCCUGAGUACAAAAAAAGACCAGGUUUUACACGCCGUUAAGAACCUCAUGGUGUGCAAUGCUCGGAUAGAGGCGUACACGGCAGAGCUGCAGAAGCUGGAAAAUCAGAUUGGGGAUCAAACCGGAAGACGUGAUGUGAGUUUUGAAAGGAAAGAAGGAAAAUCCUGCAAAGGGAAGAUCGCCCUGUCAGAUAUUCGAAUACCACUGAUGUGGAAAGACUCCGAUCACUUCAGUAAUAAAGAAUGCACACAGCGCUACGCCAUCUUUUGUUUAUUCAGGAUGGGAGCCGAAGUGUUUGAUACUGACAUGGAGAUCGUGGAUCAGACAAUCACAGAUAUAUGUUUUGAAAAUGUCACUAUAUUCCACGACGCCGGACCAGACUUCCAGAUAAAGAUAGAAGUGUACAGCUGCAGCGCGGAGGAAUCAUCCUCGUCCAUAACCAACACGCCGAAAAAGCUGGCCAAGAAGCUGAAGACGUCCAUCAGUAAAGCCGCAGGAAGGAAAAUAAGCUCAGCGCUCCAGGAAGAGAACGGGGAGGCGUGCUUGCUUGCCAGCUCUGUUGCGGGUGUGAGGUUCCAUUUGCUAGCUCACACCACCCUGACCCUGGACAGCGCCGGGGACUGCUUCAAGACCCACAACCUGUCUGUUAACGGAGAUGACGAGUGUUCCUUUUGGCUCCCCUUGUAUGGCAAUGUGUGCUGCCGGCUGGUGGCCCAGCCAGCUUGCAUGGCCGAAGAUGCGUUUGCAGGAUUCCUGACUGAGCAGCAAACAGGAAAAGGUCUGGUUGGCUGGAGAAGGCUGUACUGUGCUCUGAGGGGGGGUAAACUCCGCUGUUUUUAUGGUCCCGAAGAAAUUGAAGCCAAAGUGGAACCGACUCUGGUGGUUCCCAUUGACAAGGAAACCAGAAUUCAGGCCAUGGAAAAGGAUUCGAAGAAAAUGCACCGUUUCUCUGUCAUCAACACAGCAGCUGGGGGAGCUGUGACUCACACCUUUGUGACUGACAGCCCGGGAGACUUUCAAGAGUGGAUGGGCGCCUUCCGGCAGCAUUUCUCUGAUCUUAGCCAAUGGAAGCAUUGUUGUGAAGAACUUAUGAAAAUUGAGAUUAUGUCACCACGGAAACCACCUUUGUUCCUGGCAAAGGAGGCGACCUCCGUGUACCAUGAUAUGAGUAUCGAUUCACCUGUGAAACUUGAAAGCUUAACUGAUAUAAUACAAAAAAAAAUUGGAGAGACCAACGGACAGUUCCUCAUUGGUCAGGAUGAAAGAGCCUCACCACCCCCAUGGGCCGCAGUUUUUGAUGGUAACCAUGAAAUGGUCAUCCAGAAGAAAGUGUUGUCCCCCACAGGCAACCCGGCGCCUGAUGGGAAAAGGAAAAAGCGGCGAGCUCCGCUUCCUCCUCCUGGUCAGCCCCCCUUCAGCCUAAGGACACAGAGUGGCACAGACCAGGCCAGGGAUGGCGGGGCUCAGGCCAGUGUCCCUGGAGCCUUGCCUUCGGAUCCCAGAUUGUCACCGCCCACACACCACUUGCAGAAACCAGUGGCAGCCCCUCGCAAACUUCUCCCUGCCAGGAAAAACAGCUCAGCUGAUGGAGAACACACAGACACCAAAACCAGUUUAGACACGAAGCCGGUGCCAGCUCCAAGGCAGAAAUCCAUCAGAGACAUGCUGGACCCUCGGUCGUGGCUCCAAGCUCAAGUAUAGGAGCUGUGAGGCUUGGGUCAGAGGCAUUAUAUGUGUAAUGUUAUAUAAUUGUAUAGGUAAAGACCAUAGCAAUUUCCAUAAACCCUUAAUAAGCUAUUAGGCACAGAAAAGCACCCUUAAAUAGAGAAUUGGAUUUCUCUUUUACUUCUCAUUUUCAGAGAAGUGAUUUUUUUCCCCACAGAGCAAAAGAGGCAGUUUCUAGACAGUGUCCUAAUUGUUGGAAGGGUUAAUUUAUUCCUUCUUUGGUAGCACGCAGUGAAUAAGUAGGCAGAAGAGCGCAUUGAUGUUUCUUUUGGAGAGAGAGUGUCUAGUAAUGUAGAAUAUGUUAAAUACAGGCCAUAUUCUCAUUGUGAGAAUUUUAAUACUUAAUGGAAUGUUUCAAAGGUCUUAUUCAAACCACAAAUUACAGAAUCCACCCAAGGAAAAAUUUCCCCUUCAGCUUUCUGGAAUUCUCAUCUAACGGCCUGCCGGCCCCCCUUCUAUUGUUUAACCAGAGGGUUUAUGGUGUUGACCUUUUAAAUUCCUGGGAUAAAUUUUAGAAUAUUAAAUUCUUUGUCUUUAAAGGGAAUUUGUAAUCUGCGAUUCAAAGUCAUUUCCUUGAUGAGCCCUGAGAUCCUGUUGACUUUGUCAUUCCAUCAGUGAGGAGCACGCUUAUUAGUGAGAGAAAUGGAUAUGAAAUGUCCCCCAUUGCUCAGCUUGCGGCAUGAUGUUAAUCUCCAUUGUGCCCUCUGGAAUUCAGGGAGGCAAGAGGCUGAUUAAUGCCUUAAAAUUUAUUUAAUACUUAGUUUAAAAGCAGAUGGCAGACUCAAAAAUUAUCAGGAAAGUUGACCAUAGUAAUUUUCAGAAUUAAUCCUGUUUCAAAUUUUUAAUUAGAUUUCCUUUUGUUAGUAAGGGUUGAUGUCUGUUAUUGAUAUUAUCCAUUAAAAGUCAUAUUCAUUCAGUAAUCACACUGGCAUCGUUUCCAUAGGAGAUGAUUUCCAUAGCAACUAAUCAUAGUGACCCAAACAGGAUUAUGCAUUGAAUGGGGGAUAAAUAACAAGAGGAUGAAUAUCUUAAAUGGACAAAAAGAAAGAUCCACUUUCUGUUAAUAACCCUUUUUGUAAACAAGAAGAGCGGAAUGGUUUUAAAAUGCCAUCAGAAUUUCCAAGUAAAACUUCCCAGAAGGUGUCAACACCAGUCUUCAAAGUCCAGGACUGCCCAAGCCCUAACUGUCACCGUAAAGCAUCAGGCUGGAGGCAGUAAAGGACAGAGAGAUCAGCUCUCUUGAUCCCGAUUCGAACUGCAUAAAAGGAAAUGUAAAAUGAAUGUCGGACCAACAAAGGCCUUGAUGGAACCUUUCAUCAUUUUUAGGUGGUAGAGGGACAUGUUUUGCUCGUCUGCUUUGUCUCGUUUGUGUUGUUCUGUUCUAUGCCAUACUGUGACUGCCAGGUAAUAAAGAGACUGUUGCUGGCCCUGGACUCCCAGUGAGAAGUGGAACCCUGGAGCAGUGACGCACUAAGUCUCCCCCUUCCUCCUCCCCCCUCCCCCGUGACAAUGAGGCAGCCAGAGCAGACACAGCCCUCCAUGAAGGUGGGGGGCUGUGUAGAGAGAGUCUCCUAAAUCCAUAGAAACCUGAAGAGCAGGUGGGCAUGUUUUUGUUUUUGUUUAACUGAAAAGGUCUCAGAAGUUGUGGUGGUGAUUGCCAUUUCAGUAAAUCAAAGUCUAAGUUUCAUUAUUGCUUGAAAUGCCCGUUUUUAGCCCUCACUGUUAUCUUCAACAAUCUCUGUGAACUGUUGAUGCUUCUGCUUCUUCUUCUAUCUCUACUACUUCUGCUGCUGCUGCUGCUGCUGCUUCCUUCUUCCUUCUCCUCCUCUUCAAGUUAGAAGGUGCAACUGGCAAAAUUGCUUCUGAUCACUAGCACCCAAGUGCACCCACCCCAUCCCCCUGUACCCUCCACUUGCUGCAUUCCUUUAUUACAAGCCAUGAUUUAAAUAUACAUGUCAUCUUCCCAUUUCUUGUGCAAGUUGCGGCUGAAACAAUCUAGGUUGUGCAGGGGGCAGAGUUUAUUCCUGGAGACAUUCUAGAGGAAUUGUGUUCUCAGCGGGGAGCUUUGAACCCGGUCUGAAGUCAGGCUCCUUCCUAGAGCCCUGUGGUAGGUAGGUGAAGCCCUGCCCAGCUCCCACUGGUCUCUAGAGGUCCAGCUCUGUACUGCAAUGCUCAUUAAAUGUUAAUUCACCUCCACUCCAUCCCAAAAGAAAGAAAGAAGGAAGAAAAGGACAAAGAUGCUCUAUUUCUUCCUCCUCUCUCCUAACUCUUCCUACCUUUCUUCUCCCCCUCUUCUCUUUCCUUCACAGCUUAAAAAUAUCUGAAGAUACUGACUUAAAAACCGCCAAGGAAUUUUUCAGCAGCAUUUUCUCGUUUACUGAACUAGAUAGAACAAUGAUAGAGGGGUGUGCCAUGUGACAGGAAAGGUCAACCAGCUUUGUGUGAGCUAGUCCUCAUGUGUCCUUCCAAUUCAUUUCUUUUGUGUCAUGUCUGGGUAAUAUUAUAAUAGAAGACACUUAAUAAAAAAUGAUAUUUUAUACUAUGGUACUUUUGAUGACAGGGAGAUAGCAUCUUGGGCAAUUGCAUUUGCGUCUCAGGGUCUACGAUACAAAUUACAACAGCAUCGGUAGCGGUAUCAUUUUUAAUUGCUACAGCAAUGGUGGUUUCCUUAUUUUGACAUCUUUUGAAGAGAAAGAACACUUUCAUAAUGUAAAUACACACUCCUCCAGCUAAAAUCUAUCAAAACUACCAAGCAUGGCAGCACUUGCCGACUCCACAGACUCCUAACGGUUGCCAUCCCUCCACGCACCACUCCUUUCAAACCCACGUGGCUGUGUGUGAACAACUCUUCAUGGCCCGUAUUGAUGCCUGCCUCCGCCCUUUAGGAGAAAAUGUCUCUCACUCAGUACCACUCAUUAAAAAUGAACAGGAGCUGUCUUGGCUUAGAGACACCUACCAAGGGAAGUAGGUGAUGCUGUCAAGUCUUUCUUUGGGUACCUCAGCCACCUACUGUGAAGUUAAUUCAUUCAGUCCAAAAUAAAGUCGUAGGGGCGGUUGGUGUGGUUUAUGUUAAAUGCCAUUCAAAUGCAAUCACCUGUGCAACAACACAGCAGAGGCAGACAUGUUAGAGAUGCAGCGAUUCCAGGAGCAAGCGAGGAAGAAGGAAGCAUCUGCCAGGAACUGUGGUGCGUAUCUUCUGGGCAGAACUUACCAGAACUCAUUGGUAUGUUCAGGAGUGGAUUGGUAGAGAGCUAAGCUGCAAUUAAUGAGCAUUUACAUUCCAGCAGUUGUCUUCUCCCUUCUAUUAUGUUUCAAAAGCAUUUCUAGCUGGGGGGGAGGGGGUUGGGGGUGGGUGUAACUCAUGCUUUUCAUCCCAGUACUUGGAGGCAGAGGCAGGCGGAUCUCUGAGUUUGAGGCCAGCUUGGUCUACAGAGUGAGUUCCAGGACAACCAGGGGCUACACUGAGAAGUUUAGUCUUGCAAAGCCAAUUGGGAAAAAAAAAUACAUUUUUUAGUUUUAAAUUUUGAGAGAGAAGGAGAGGAAGAGAGAGAAAGAAUGCAAACAGAAGCCUGAAGAGGUCGUUGGACCACGUGGAAUUGGAUCAAAAGUGAGCCACCUAAUGCGGGCCAAAGAACCAAACCUGAGUCCUCUUCAGGAGAGGAGCAGCAAGUGCUAUUGACCACCGAGCCAGCCAGCCAGCCCGAGAUGUGUGUUAACUCCUAUAUUGCUGAUGAUAGUUCCAUGAGAAGAACUGUUGUCCUAGAUUGUGGAUUUUCCUAGAUAGCCCUGGGAGGGGAAGAAUACCACUUUUGAGGCUUUUAAAGGAAUUUCGUUUGUUUCCUUUUUAAAAUGAUAUCCACUUGUUUGUUUAUAAGGUGCGUGUCCCACAGCCCUCAUAUGGAGUGAGUUGACAACCGGUGGGAGUCCGUUCCCUCCUUCCACCAAGUGGGUCCUUCAAACUCAACUCGGUCCCUGGAGUUUAGUGGCUGGCGAGCACCUUCAUCCACUGAGCUGCCCAGCCAGCCCCACCUCUUGAGUUUUUAAAAGGCUGUUUCAUUUGAAAGUGGAUUGUAUUAUUUUCUAACAUGUUUAUGUAAUUAGCAGUAUUUAAUCAUGUGGAUCAAAUGUCUGGAUCCAAGAAUAUGAGUUGUAUCAGGCUUUUUCUUUUAAGAUCAAAGGUGCUUAGAGGAAGUCUAAGUCUCAUAAUUAAAACUGUGUAGUAAUUAAAGGACGUGAUUCAUGAAGCCGUUUUCUAGCAUGCUCUCUGAGGUUCUCCCUCUGGGCUGAACUGGACAGUUUCUGAGGGGAAAGCAUCCUCCGAUACUGGGAAACUCAAUGUCCAGGCACC